AUGGAAAAACUCCCUCCUCGCCUCGAGGCCUUCCUGGGGCGUCUCUUGCGCAACAAACGAGGCCGCGACGCGAAAUUGCUCACGCGCACCAGCCCCGUCCUUCAAGCCCUUCAGCCCACCAUCGCGGUAACCUCGUCUGUGGGCCCGUCGCAAUCUCCACUACCCGCAGAAUACACCCAAGUCGGAGCGAACCGUUUCCCGCCUCUUUCCUGGACGGUACCCAACGACUCGGUGCCCGCGGAGAAAAUCAACAGCUACGUGCUCGUCGUGGAGGAUGCGGAUGCCCCGCUUCCGAAUCCAAUAGUGCAUGGGCUGUACUACGGACUUUCCAAGGACAAAACUAGUAUCUCUUCAGAUGAUGUUACCGUGACAGAUGCGAACAAGAGGGCAUUACAGGGGGGAUUUAAAUACGGGGUGAACUGGCACCAGAAUGUGUGGAGUGGGCCGCGGCCGGUAUUGGGACACGGCUCCCAUCGGUAUUUCUUUCAGGUGUUGGCGUUGGGAAAGCCGCUGGAGGAGAAGCCUUGGGGGAAGGAGGAGCUGUUGGAGUGGUUGGAGAAGGAGAAGGAGAGUGUGUUGGCUUGGGGGGAGUGGGUGGGCACUUUCGUGCGGGAGCCUUAA